CCAUUGUUAGUGACCUAGGAAGUAAACUUUUUUACUCCAAAUUUUGGUGAUAACGCAAUUUGAAAUAAUCAUUUGCGUUUGUGCCUUACGCGCACCCGGACAAAAUGGCACUGCUACUUAAAUCUGUAAUUGAAGGAUAUGACUAUAUUGUCAAUGACUUGGCAGAUUUCAGAACGAAAGAUUGGUUAAUGGUGAAAUCUCCCAUAUCAGUUGCUGCUUUAAUUGUUGGAUAUCUUAUGUUUGUACGCCAUUUUGGACCAAAAUAUAUGCAAAAUCGUAAACCUUUCAAUAUUGAUAAAAUAUUAAUAGUUUACAAUGCGUUUCAAGUGGUUUUGUGUACAUAUUUAUGUUAUAAACUUUUUCUGCCAUGUUAUUAUGGGAAUAUACUUUGUGAAGAGGUAAACGAAUCAGAUCAUUCUACUGAAGUAGCUCAUACAUCAUAUAUUUAUUAUUGGACUAAGAUUAUUGAUUUAUUAGACACCGUUUUCUUUGUUCUGCGGAAAAACACAAGACAAGUAUCAUUUCUCCACUUAUACCAUCACUCUAUGAUGGUAACUUACGUAUGGUACGUGAUGAAGUUCUACCCUGGAGGGCAGUUUAUAUACGUUGGGUUCAUAAACUCUUUCGUGCAUAUAAUUAUGUACAGUUAUUAUUUAUUGACCGUGUACGACAGAUCUGUGAAGAAAAGCUUCUGGUGGAAAAAGCACAUCACGCAACUGCAGUUAUUCCAGUUUUUCUUGUAUAGUAUCCUGUUUCUCCUGCCAUUAACUCAGAAGCAGUGCAAUUUUCCAAAAGCUUUGUGCAUGGUGGUAUUGCCACAAGUAUCCACCCUCACCUUUUUGUUUGCUGAUUUUUACUACAGGAAUUAUAUAUGUGGUAAAUUAAAAGUCACUGAUGGUGUUCAAAGCGUAGAAGAAAAACAAUCAAGUGAGCACUUGAAACAGAAUGGAAACAUUACAAAAGAAGAAAAUAUGUUAAAUGGCACUCAUGGGGAAUGUAUUAAACAGCGAUAAGGCUAACAUUGUGUUAUAACUUUUAUAUUAUAUGUAAUUUAAUAUAAAACAUGUUAAGUUGAACUUGUAAUUUAUUAAACAUUAAAUAUUAAUCCGUA